UCCCGCCCGCGCGUGUAGCGGCUGCCUGGAGGCGCCGCGGUGUCAGGCGGCGAGGGCGAGGGCGAUGGCGCCUCAGCGUCGGGCCGGCCCGAGGGUUGCCGAAGGCGGCCGGGCGGGCAGGGAGGCUCGCGGAGAGGAGCGCCGGCGCCUCAGCAGUGUUAUGAAAGGAAAUAGCCAGAAGGAUUCUCGCCAGAAGUUGCUGAAAGUGGCAUUCCUUCUCUCCUCUGCUGUGCUGGGCUAUCUUCUGAGUGGGAGCUAUUUGUUCAGAGAAGAAGGAGUUACAGAAGUAUUGGGUCAUUACAGAGAAAUCCUAGAGGACAGAUUUAUCGAGGUACCCUGUUCAGAGGACUAUGACAGCCACAAACGUUUUGAAGGCUGCACUCCUCGAAAGUGUGGAAGAGGUAUAACAGAUGCCAUUAUCAGUAGGGUAGAAGCUGAGAGAAUCCGAAGAAUAGCAGAGAAGGGCCUGUCACUGGGAGGAUCAGAUGGAGGGGCUUCAAUUUUGGAUUUGCACUCUGGAGCGCUUUCUUUGGGAAAGCAUUUUGUUAACAUGUACAGAUAUUUUGGGGAUAAAGUCCACAAUAUAUUUUCAGAAGAAGAUUUUCGUUUAUACAGUGAACUAAGGCAGCGAAUUCAGCAAAAAAUAGCUCUCACAUUUGGUAUCAGCUCCUCUUCCAUGUAUUUGACCAAGCCAACCUUCUUCUCCAGAAUAAACAACUCUAAAGCCAAGACAACUCAUGAUGAGUACUGGCACCCACAUAUUGACAAAGUGACUUAUGGUUCCUUUGACUACACAUCAUUGCUUUACCUAUCAGACUAUACAGAAGACUUUGGUGGAGGACGGUUUGUCUUUAUGGAUAAAGGUGCAAAUAGGACUGUAGAACCUCGAGCAGGUCGAGUUUCCUUCUUCACUUCAGGCUCAGAAAACCUUCAUCAUGUAGAGAAGGUCCACUGGGGCACCCGCUAUGCCAUCACCAUUUCCUUCACCUGCAAUCCUGAUCAUGCUAUUGGAGAUCCAGUUUUAUCAUAAUGGGACUGGUGGCUAAAUAGAUUAACAAGAGAAAUCCCUGUGCAGGAGGGAAAAAAGAGAUUAAUUUUUCAUUUACAUUCCAUUGCAUUGACUCUUCUAAAUGUUUAUUUAAUGUCAAUUUCAGCUGGUUUCUCACACUCCUUUCCCUCUUAAGUGUUGAAACAGUGCCUUAAGGACUACCUUUCUAAUUUAAGGAUAAUUUAGAGAUUACAGAACUAGCCCUGUAUAAAAUGUCUUCCUGCUAAUGGUGGAGGCCUGAAUUUUGUUCCUUUUGAAAUAUUUAUUUCCAUUUUUUGUUCCAAAAUAUAAUUUCAUAAUUUGCUUUUUUGUGGACAAAUGAAUACUCAGGAACAUAUGAUAAAGAAGAAUUUGAGCACUUUCUGAUAAUCUUUCAUUGCUUCUUCCUCCAUUCUGUCUGUUCCUUCUUUCCAUAAGCUAGUUACAUUCUGCAAAAUAAUAGGUAAAAACCAAGAAAAGUCUUGUUCACAUACAUAAACCAUAUGUUUUUUAUUUCAUACUGUUUGCACAAAACCCAGGGCCAUAGUAUUGUGGAUGUUGUCCAUGUAUCAGGUUUUUUAAAUCUUUGCUACCGUAUUUUUCUCCUUGAGAAAAGGAAGCAUGUGCUUUGACUACUGGACUCGCUCCUGAAUAAAAUAAUUGUAUGUAAA